AAUGAGAAAAAAAAAUGACUGCAGAACAUACCUUUAAGAACCCAUUUUCCUCUCUUUUCCUCCUCCCUCCCCACCUUCAGUGGCUGAAAAGCCAAUCAAAGAAUUCUCCACCUCCCACACAGUUCAGUACUGGAUCUGGGUGCAUUAUCACAAUCAUACUUUGGGACUUUCGAGUGGUGAAAGAAAUUAGUUAACGCACUAAGGAAUCUUAAUUUCAAACAUAAUUCUAUACCUUUUAAAUGGUCUUUCUUGCCGACAUGCUACAGGUUGAGAAUUAAACAUUUCUCAUCAGUUUCAACUCAGCCUGGAUAGAAGACACAUUUAAAGAGAUGUCUCUAGCACACUGGCAUUCAGCUAAUCAGACUUCACAUGCAUCGGUCAAUAUUACAGAACAACUGAGAUCUAUCACUGACAAUGAUAUUGUAGAUCAAGGAUGGACUGAAGACUCCUUUCCAGGAUUAGAAAUACUGUGCACAAUUUAUGUUACAUAUGCUGUAAUCAUUUCAGUGGGUGUCCUUGGAAAUGCUAUACUCAUCAAAGUCUUUUUCAAGAUUAAAUCAAUGCAGACGGUUCCAAACAUUUUCAUAACCAGCUUGGCUUUUGGAGACCUGCUUCUUUUGUUAACCUGUGUGCCAGUAGAUGCAACACGCUAUAUUGUGGAUACGUGGCUCUUUGGAAGAAUUGGCUGCAAGCUGUUAUCUUUUAUCCAGCUAACUUCAGUUGGAGUAUCAGUGUUCACUUUAACUGUUCUCAGUGCUGACAGGUACAGAGCUAUUGUUAAGCCCUUGGAACUGCAAACAUCAGAUGCAGUUCUGAAGACCUGCUGUAAAGCUGGCUGUGUUUGGAUUGUCUCCAUGAUAUUAGCAAUCCCAGAAGCUGUAUUUUCGGAUUUAUAUUCAUUCAGCAAUCCUGAAAAAAAUGUAUCUUUUGAAGCAUGUGCCCCUUAUCCUGUAUCUGAGAAGAUACUGCAAGAAGCUCACUCUCUAGUUUGCUUUUUGGUGUUCUAUAUUAUACCGCUAGCUGUCAUUUCUGUCUAUUAUUUUCUUAUUGCCAAAACAUUGUACAAAAGUACAUUCAACAUGCCAGCUGAAGAACAUGGUCACGCCCGUAAACAGAUUGAAUCCCGAAAGAGAGUGGCAAAAACAGUGCUGGUGCUAGUCGGUUUGUUUGCCCUCUGCUGGCUGCCUAACCACAUUCUCUAUUUGUAUCGAUCUUUCACCUACCACUCUUCUGUAGAUGCCUCUGCCUUUCAUCUUAUAGUCACUAUUUUCUCCCGGGCUUUGGCCUUCAGCAAUUCCUGUGUCAAUCCCUUUGCUCUUUAUUGGCUGAGUAAAAGUUUCCGGCAACAUUUUAAAAAGCAAAUCUUGUGUUGCAAGGCAAGGCUUCCUACACGGCCUCCCAGCAACACACCUACCAGAGCUUUGUCAGCCACAGGCAGCACAAAUGGCUCAGAAAUCAGUGUUACUUUGCUAACAGAUUAUAGUGUCACAAAAGAAGAGGAGAGUGUUUAGUUCUUCGAUCAUGGAGAAGAACCAACAUCAUGCAUUUCCCAAGAUUCUAGUGCACCAGGACCCUGCUAGGAGCUGCAAGUAAACAAAAGAAUGCAUCCUUUAUACAGUCUGUGAAAGCAUCUUCAGCAGGACGUCUUAACAUCUUCAAUUAUACAAUGGGGAAAUCACACCAGUAUGUGUGGGGAAAAGAAGAAACACAACUGAUGUAAGCUCAGUCAAGAGGAUAGUGCCUAUUCCCCGGGAAUGCUAUGCAUCCUUUCCAUAUGCCUGAGGUUUCUGCACCAAGCUGACAAAGUUAAGCUCAGUUAAACAAAGUUAAACUCACUUGAGCUGCAGGACUAUUUUUGUACUGGCUCUGUGUUCAGAGAAUUAGAAUUGCUGUUAUACUCUUGGCCACAGAGUAGUGACAAUGAGCGCUGCCUUUUGUUGAGUACUUAUGUUGUCUUUGAUGUUUUUUAAAAUGGAAGCAGCUCUCCACAGAAUGACAAACCAGAGAGGUUUCUUAUUUUGUCACUUUCCUUGCACCAAAUAUUAACGCUCAAAACUUUGGAGUGAAAGUUUAGGGGGAGGUUAUUAUUUUUCAUAAACUGAAAUUAAACCAUGCUGAAAGUUGUAGCACGAUGCUGAGACAGCACUAAGCUGUGGUCUACACUACAAACGAAUGUCAGUAUAACUGCGUUGCUCAGGGGAGUGGAAAAUCCACCCCCCUAAGUGACGCAGUUAUACCAACCUAGCUCCUGUCAGCUAUAGACAGUGCUAUGUCAGCUUCUCCUGUUGUCAUAGCUGCUGCCUCUCAGGGAGGCUGAGUCCCUAUGCCAACUGCAGAAACUCCCCCAUCGGCAUAGGUAGCACAGCUGCAGCACUGUAAGUGUAAACAAGCCCUAAGAAUCAGAAGCUUUAGAUCCUAUUCCAUAGUCUGUCACUCACUUGCUGUGUGACUCUGGAAAGUUGCUUACUGUAUGGCCUGAUUUUAAGAGGUCUGAGCUUCUACGCUCCUAAUUAAGUCAGUGGGAGCAGCAGGCACUCACAUCUGUUAAAUGGGGAUAAUCAUACUUACCCACCUUUGCAAAGUACUUUGAGAUCUAUAGAUAAAAAAGUCCUAUAAAAGGACUAAGUGUUAUUAUUUAGCAUGAUAUUGAUCAAGGGAGGAAAAAUCAAUCUACCCUAUCAACUCAAUAGUCAGAAAGAGCUAGAAUAAGUGCUGGAAGUUAAUUUACUUUAUAGCAGUGGUUUUCAAACUUUUUUUCUGGCAACCCAGUUGAAGAAAAUUGUUGAUGCCCCUGACUCAACGGAGCUGGGGAUGAGGGGUUUAGGGUGCGGGAGAGGCUCAGGGCGGGGGCAGAGGGUUGUGGUGCAGAAGGAGGUCAGGGCUCUUGGCUGGGAGUGCAGGCUCUGGGGUGGGGCCAGGGAUGACAGGUUUGGGUGCAGGAAGGGGGUCCAGGUUUGGGAGAGGCUCAGGGCUGGGGCAGGGGAUUGGGGCACAGGGUUGGGGGGCAGGCUUACCUUGGGUGGCUCCCAGUCAGCGACACAGCGGGGGUUCUAAGGCAGGCUUCCUGUCUGUCCUGGCACUGCGGCCAUGCUGCGCUGCGAAGCGGCCAGCAGCAGGUCCGGCUCCUAGGCAGAGGCACUCAAGCAGCUCCGUGUGGCUCUCGCCCAUAGGCACUGCCCCCCACCAGCUCCCAUUGGCCAGGAACCGGCCAAUGGGAGUGUGGAGCUGGUGCUUGGGGUGGGGACAGCGCAUGGAGCCCUGUGGCCCCCUGGGCCUAGGAGCCGGACCUGCUGCUGGCCGCUUCCGGGGCACAGCACGGUGUCAGAACAGGUAGGGACUUGCCUGCCUUAGCCAGGCAGCACCACCGACGAGACUGUCAAUGGCCCAGUCGGCAGUGCUGACCAGAGCCACUGUGACCCAGUGCCUUACAUUCCGUGACCCAGUACUGGGUCUCGACCCACAGUUUGAAUACCACUGCUUUAUAGUAAGUGUUAGAUUUUUGUUUUCCAGGUUAUUAGAAUAAGUUUCUUUCAUAAUGGAAGGUCCCCUUGCUCUCAAGUCAGUUGACCUUCUAGAUGAGAGACAUACAUGCCAGACAAUAAUGGCUGUAGACAAGCAGACUGUAUAGCACUGAAAAGUUCAAUAUGACUAUUGGCAUGGGUCAGCUUCCCUGUCAGGGAAUGCUGGGAAGCCAGCCUUCCUGGCUCCGAGAGUUACAAAAGUCCUGGAAGACAGACAUUUUAUGAAACUUCUGAGACCUGAACUAGAAUUUUGCUUUACAGGAAAUGAGUCAGGAAAUCCCAAUGGACCUUCCAUUGUCCAAACUGAGGAAACAGAAUUUCCAUCUGAAUAAGAAAGCUGGGGAGGAACUUAUAGAAGAGAGACUAUAGUGUAGGUGUUAGUUUGACAAAAUUUGGUAUGGGCAGGGUGGAGAAGUCAUUUUAUUUCCUAAUUAGAAGGAAAAUUAACUGUUGAAGAUGCAACACGUUUGAGCGGCAAUUACUUGUAGUGCCCCUAGCAAUAGUGACUGGUAUGUAGCAAAAUGGAA